AAAUUCAGACCCAGAGCUGAAGAUGUCCUGGACAUAUGCAACCCUCCUGGCUCUCCUCACUGUGCUUCUGGCACUUUCCUGGUCUCCAGAGGCAGAGUCUGCAGCUGUGCCCAGCAGCACAGGCAGCGCUAAAGACCCACAAGGUCCACUGAAGAAGAUCUUCAUGAAGGAGUCAGACGCCUCAAACUUCUUCAGAAGACGCACCAGACGGGGUGCAAAGUCUCAGGAUGAGAUUAACGCUGAGCAGAGGCAGAUUCUGGCUGCAGAUGAGCGGAGGAGAGAGUUCCACGAGCAGAAGAGGAACGAAUUUGAGAACUACGCUGAAGAGGAGAAUGAUGAACAAGACGAGAGGUCCAGAGAGAGCACCGAGCAGUGGAGGGAGUAUCACUACGACGGGAUGCAUCCUCCUCAGUAGUACGACCGUCAGUCCAUCUGAGGCCGUGGGCAGUGAGGGAGGAGAGAGGUGAUGCUGUGAGCGUUUAAAGAAACAUCUUUAACUACACAAUGAGGCCUUUCUCCUCUGACCGUGACACUUAUAUAGUAGAGAUGUCAGCUAUGAGACUUUUAGCUUGUUUUUCACCCUUGUGUUGUUGACAUUGGCUUUUACUUCCUCACUGCUGUAUGUGUAAGUAACAGUAAUAGCAAUAAUUGCAAACAUUUUC